AUGGCAACUCGUUCGCAUUCUCGUUUUACUGAUGAUGUAUUUUGUACACCAGUACCUACUGCGGCAGAGAUCAAUAUUAAAACUGUAGAUACACUUCGUGAUGAAAUUUUUUUUUCAUUGAAUUCGAAUGAACAAUUUCGAGCAGGUUUACAUACUGCAGAAGAAAUAAAAUCAAGAGAAUUAUAUGAAAAAUAUCCACCAAAUUUCAAACAUGAAAAUAAAAUUUUCAUUUUUGAUUUACUCAACAAAAAACAUAAGUAUUCACCAUCAGAAGAUAAGUCUAUAUUAAUUACAAGAUGGAAACCAUUUGUACCAUUUAUAGAAACCACUAAUUCAAUACAAACAAAAGUUAGUUAUCAUAAGGAUGUUUUUGAUUAUGAACCAAUUGGUGAUAAGGAAACAACAGUUGAAUGGUAUUUAAAUUUUGCAAAUAAUGAUUUAUUUGGAUAUUAUGGAGGACGUUUAUUAGCUCAAGAUGAAUUACAAGUAUUAGAAUGUGUUGAGUUAGCUGCUUUAAGAGAAUAUCUUGUUCAAACAACAAAUACUGUUGGUUCACAUACAGUAGGUUCAAGUGCAGAUAAUAGUAAAUCAGUACCAACUCCUAUUCUAAUAAGUAAUGUUGAGCGAGUAAUUGACUUAAAUACAAAACACAUUUAUGGUAAUGCUUUUGCUGAUGCAAAUAAAGCGCAACUUACAGAAGCAUUUCGUGCAGUUCAACCACCUCAAAUAGUCAAUUUAAUUGCAAUUGAAGCACCAAGUCAUGGUGAAGGUUCUUAUACAUAUGAUCAAAUCCAUUUUAUAUUAUCUACUUCUUAUACGGGUUUUAAAGCAGCACAAAUACUUGCCAAUAAAACACAUUCAAUGAAUAAUCAUCAGUCUAGUUCAAAAACAUUGCGUACAAUAAUACAUACUGGUUGGUGGGGUUGCGGUGCGUAUGGUAAUAAUCGACAGAUGAUGCUUAUUACGCAAAUGUUAGCCGCUCAAUGGGCACAAAUUGAUGAGAUUAUUUUUCAUACACAAACUGAUGAACACCAAGAUGAUAUUAAUCAGGCUGAUAAUAUUUUUAAGAAGUUAAUUGAAGUCAAAGAAGUUAAAGAAGUUAUAGAUGAAAUUGUUAAAUUAAAUCUGCAAUGGGAAAAAUCGAAUAAUACAUAA